GACUGGGCUUAUUAUGUUUACCUCAACCAAAGAAGCCCAAAAUGUUUGUUGAAUUGGUCUUGUCUGCCAAUAACAGCUGUGUCCAACGUAGAAAGGGAGCGUCCAUAAGUAACAUAGAACAGGUUUCGCUAGUAGUGGCAAUGUUCGUAAUCUUGUUGACCGGACGAGGGCGCUUCUGGGAUACCAAAGUUUACUUCUUCUUAUAAUAAUAACCAAGAGAAAACAACACAACCCUUUUGUCGCCACCCACAUGCCAUGGCGUUGGUCGCACGCUGUAUAGUUUCUUUUGUCACCUUCCUCUAACCAAUUUUAUUUUAUUUUAUCUAUGAGUUGCAUUCACAUUUUUAUAUAAUAUUAAUAAAUAAAAGAUACCAAAGAAAAAAACAAAAUAGCCUCUCUUUGUCCUUCACCUAUCAUAACUCACAACCAUCAAUAAUAAAAAUAAGAUCCCAAACUUUAUAUUUUUAAAUAGUUUUUUUUUUUUUUUGUCAACUAUUUUUAAAUAGUUUUUUUUUUUUUGUCGACUUUUUAAAUAGUUUAAAGCUGCAUUACCAUACUUGAUUUUUUUUUUGUUACCAUCCCAUACUUUUGCGUAUUAUUUCAUUAGAUGAUGAAUGAUCUUUGAUGGAGCUUUUUAUUCCUCACUCUUCUGUUUUUGAACUCGAGCUUAAGCUAUAUAGCUAACAAAUCGUCUUUUUGUUAUCACACUAACAAAUCGUCUUUAUAUAAAUGAAGAAUCCGUCUUCCUCACCAAACGACAAAACUUAUCAUACUAAGUAUAUAUAGAUAUGCUUCCUGCUUGUAAUUAUACCAAAGGUAAGGAUCUGCAAAAUAACUCUUUGUUUCUGGCAACUCACAUGAGUGAAGGAUUAUCUAAUCUAUUAAUCAAAGAUUCAACACUAAUGAAGUAGUAGUAGUAUUUUGACAACUAAACGUGAAAUAAUAAAAAUGAAUUUGUCGGGAACACGUAUAUUAUAAUAGUAAGUGGGGAAAAAAGAAAUUAAGGAAAAAAUGGGGUGGGGUGGGGUGGGGGGUUCAAAAGGAGCACUUAUGAGAGAGCGUGUCGGGGGCUGGCGUGCCAAUAGCCAAUCUCCUCUACACAUGACACCGUGGCCAAUAUGUUAGGGUAUAUAAUUUUUUAAUUUUGUUUUUGCUAAAAAAUAUUUUUAAAAUUUUUGAUUGUAUAAUUUUUUUAUCCAAAAACAUAUCUUUUUAUAAUUAAUCAGCCGACUAGAAUUAGUUGGUAAUUAGUAGUAGGACUAGUAAAUUACCUUACUGCAGAGAAAAAAUAAAAAAAUAGGGUAAAUGUGGAUAGAGGUAGGACCCACACAUCGAAACAGUAAUAAUGGGUCGUCCGGCCCAUUUGUCACCGUCCGAUAGGUUAUAUCAUAUUCAACAUCUCUCACCUUUGACUCUCUCUCUCUCUCGUAGAAGAACAAGAACAACUCUCUCUGCUGCUUGCUGUACUUUGUUAUCUUACUUGUCUCGUUUUUUCUCCAGCUCCUUAAAAAUUUUCAUCUUCCUCUACUAUUUUUUUAAAAAAAUCUGAAGAGACCAGAGAGAGAUUUGGUAUGAGGCAGUUUCACUGAAAUCGAUCCUCCCUAAAAAAAUCUUUCUCGCCACUUCGAGAUAAAGAGAGUCGAUAAAUUGUGUUAUAAGGAAAAUAGUCUGUGAGGAUGACUAUGGCUGGUGGGAACGAAGUCAACCUAAACGAAUGCAAGAGAAUAGUCCCACUCAACACAUGGGUCCUCAUUUCCAACUUCAAGCUCUCUUACACUCUCCUCCGCCGUCCCGACGGCUCCUUCAACCGUCACCUCGCCGAGUUUCUCGACCGCAAAGUUCCCUCCAACUCUUUCCCCCUCGACGGUGUCUUCUCCUUCGACCACCUCGACUCCACCACCAACCUUCUCACCAGAAUCUACCUCCCAGCUCCCCUCGACCCCUCCCGUCACGGCACCGUCGACUUGACGGAGCCUCUCAGCACGACGGAGAUCGUCCCCGUUCUCAUCUUCUUCCACGGUGGUAGCUUCACUCAUUCCUCCGCCAACAGCGCCAUCUACGACACUUUCUGCCGACGGUUAGUGACUAUUUGCGGCGUUGUUGUCGUCUCUGUUGACUACCGGAGAUCGCCGGAGCAUCGUUACCCUUGCGCUUACGACGAUGGGUGGAAUGCUCUCAAAUGGGUCAAGUCCAGAAUCUGGCUUCGGAGUGGUAAAGACUCAAGUGUUUACGUUUACUUGGCUGGUGAUAGCUCUGGUGGCAACAUUGCUCAUAACGUUGCCGUGAGAGCUACCAACGAAGGUGUUAAAGUUCUUGGGAACAUUCUUCUUCAUCCUAUGUUCGGUGGAGUGGAGAGGACUCAGUCUGAGAAGAGACUUGACGGCAAAUACUUUGUCACUGUUCAAGACCGAGAUUGGUAUUGGAGGGCUUAUCUACCUGAAGGUGAAGAUAGAGAUCAUCCUGCUUGUAAUCCCUUUGGCCCUCGUGGUCAAAGCCUUGAAGGUGUCAACUUCCCCAAGAGUCUUGUCGUUGUUGCUGGUUUGGAUCUUGUUCAGGAUUGGCAGCUGGCUUAUGUCGAUGGUCUCAAGAAGACUGGUCACGAUGUUAACCUUUUGUAUUUGAAGCAGGCGACCAUUGGGUUUUAUUUCUUGCCUAACAAUGAUCACUUUCAUUGUCUUAUGGACGAGUUAAAAAAGUUUGUGCACUCCAUAGAAGAGUGUAGCCAAAGCAAGUCAAGUCCUAUUCUUCUGAGUCUAUAACAACACUAAGGUCUGCUCAUGUUGAUGCACUAUACAUAGCUAUGAUAAGUUUUCUUGUACAGUUUUCCACAAUUAUUGUGGAGUUCUAAGUCACGUUUUUAUGUGUUCAUUGGUCUCCUGAAGCAUCAUAAGUUGUGAUGUUGCACCGGAAGCAAAAACCAAUUCGGUUUGUCGGCAUAUAUCGGUUCAGGGCUAAACCGGAAGAUUGUACUUUGCUUGGUAGUAGUACUAGGACGUAGUCUUUAAUUGGCUCUAAAGUACAGAGGGUAAAUUUACAAGACAACUAACUUGUCUUCAAUAUGUUGUGGAAAAGAAAACUUAUCCUGGUACGGAUUUGUAUGUUUAUAUUAAUUAUGCUUUUAAUAGAAAGAAUAUGUAGUUGUGGUUCUA